GGGGUCUGUGCGCCGACGCCACCCAGAAGCCGCGUUCCCGGGAGCCCAGCCCCGCCGCGCCCCGCCCACCGCUCCGCACCCGCGCAGGACGCGCCCCUCCAGCCCGCCCCAGCCCUUCGCGGGAGGGGAGGCGGGAAAAGAGCGAAGCCUAUAGCCCAGCUCUGCCCGCAGCCCCGCCACUCCCAGGCUGCUCCAGACUCGGCUCGUCCUCCUGGGAGUGUCUCGGAGGGACCGCGCGGUGCAGACGCCAUGGAGGUGGUGCUGAUCUUUCUCUGCAGCCUGCUGGCCCCUGCGGUCCUGGCCAGUGCAGCUGAGCAGGAGAAAGAAAAGGACCCUUUCCAUUAUGACUACCAGACCCUGAGGAUCGGUGGACUGGUGUUCGCCGUGGUCCUCUUCUCCCUGGGGAUCCUCCUCAUCCUAAGUCGCAGGUGCAAGUGCAGUUUCAAUCAUAAGCCCCGGGCUCCAGGGGACGAGGAGGCCCAGGUGGGAAACCUCAUCACUGCAAACGCAACGGAGCCCCAGAAAGCGGAGAACUGAAGUGCAGCCCUCAGGUGGGAAGCUUCCAGAACCUGAAGGCAGCUGCCUGAACCUUUAGAUGCAGACUGGCCACUACAGCAACAGAUCUUCCCCCAGGAGAAGCCAAGACUGUGUGUCCCCCACCCCCUCCCCAUCCCUCGAACACCCGUCCUCAACUUAAUGAUGCAACUAACGCCCGCCUCCCACCUGCAGCCUGCGGUCUCGUCCCCCUCCUGUAACGUGUCUGUGUGUGUGUGAUGGCUGUGGUCUUCGUGGCUGCUUGUCUGUGGAUGAUGUUGUAUUUUAGUGAACCUGAACUCACUCUCCUGGGCAGGAGCUGAGCCAUGUCGCCGUCAGCUCCUCCCUGCUCCCCUGUGGCCCCAUCACCUCCUGCUCCCAAGAGCCUGCUUUUUCCCUGAGGGACCAGUCCCUUUUCCUAGCUGAGUGGAGGGUAGGGGCACAGGCGGGAGUCUCCAGUUCACUUGGGAAGGUGACAUCACCUCCAUGUCAUUCUCCAUGGCCUCUCGUCCCUCCUUCUACAAGAACCUCGCUUCCAUGGUCCACCGCGACCUAUGUCUGUCCUGAGGGUCCUUAGCCAUUGGACGUUCACAGGGAGGAGCUGGGGAGCCCAGCUGUGCCUUCGGGCCGGCUACAUUGCCUCCUGGGGACUUCCACCAUGGAGUCCCCAUCCGCCCCACCCCGUCGCAGAGCGGCCAGAGGUUCCAUGCCCAGGGCUUCCACUCUGCCCCUGGGGAACGUGCCACUUGCAUAUCUUCUCAGCAAUAACCCCACAGGCUCUGGAACCCUACCCCCGGCCCCCAACCUUCCCUGCUUCCGGGAUUCCAAUCUACUGCCCAGCUCGUCUGGACUCAGACUCCCGUUCCUGAGUUGGAUCUCUGGCUGGCGCUGGCUGAGGGGACCCGUCCUGUUGGGCCCAGUGCUCGGGGAGGGGUGGCAGGGAGAGCAGGGGUCCUUGCUGCUCUGUCCGUGUCGCGUUGGUCAGGCAGCCACAACGGCUCCCGCGCCUUUGCUCCUCAUCUCUGUCCCUGCCGCAGAGGGAACAGCAAGAGGUCGAAGGUCAUAAAGAGUGGAAGAUCGAACCAGGCCCUGCCCCUCCCGUCCAUCAUGUUCUCGUGGAAACUGAUCAAGCCGUGCCGCCGUGACCAGGACUGCUCUUCUGUGUUGUGAUCCAUCCUCUCAACCACAAAAGGGAAUAAAAUACCAUUUGUUUCCUA